AUGUUCGUGUGUGAGAAGAGACAGAUUGUGCUGCUGAAGAACAGAGACUCGAGGUUUCUUCUCCGCUGUAUCGUCUCUUUCGUUCUUCUGCUGCUGGCUGAGAGUGAAGUGGGCCCGAGUGAUUUCCUGAGCAGUUACUGUACCGAGUCUAAAGAGUGCCUGCAGUUUCAGCUGGUCUGCCAGACGGAGGAGUAUGAAGUGCGACACUACUCUCCGACUCGGUGGGUGUCGACUGAUGCUGAAGCUUAUCUCAUGGGCGUUGGAGCAGCAAUGGCCUUCAGACGCCUUUACCAGUACAUCACUGGAACUAACCAAGCAGGUAUUCAGAUGGAGAUGGCCGCUCCAGUUCUAGUUGAAGUACCAGAAGAGACCCACACAUGGGAGCCGGCUCUCUACACCCUGAGCUUCCUGCUCCCUUCAGUGUUCCAACGUGAGCAUCCACCUGCCCCGACCAACGACAAGCUGUAUUUUACAGAGAUGCCUGAGAUGGAUGUGUAUGUGAGGAGUUAUGGUGGAUGGAUGCUCUCUGUCUCGUCUCGACUCCACACACACCUUCUGACCAAAGAGCUACAGAGAGUUAAUGCUAACUACAACCGCACACACCACUACGCUGUAGGCUAUGACAGUCCUCUGAAACUCUUACACAGACAUAAUGAGGUGUGGUACGUGGUGAACGGUGAGCCAGUGUGCAACGGAACGAUGGAUAAACCCACUCAGAUCACCACUGCUAAUACUGCUAAUGCCAUCAGCGCUAAUUCUCCUGAUACUACUGAUCCUACUGCUACUGAAUAACCAGGAGGCACCAGUGGAACUGGCUGUGUGAUUCUGUAAGUGUUUCACAGAUUCUGUAAGCAGCCAAACUGGGACCUCCAUAAGCCAACUCGUUUAUCAAAAUCGUGGCUAUAUUUGCACAAGAAUCUUUUUCUCAAACAUCCAGCUAACAGGGUGAGAAAAUCUUCAGCUUCAGCUCAGUGUCUCAGUUUGCUGUUGUUCAUUCCAUGCACUUUGAGUGUUUAAAGCUAGACGGCCUUUCAAUUUCAUAAAAUCAGUGAAAUUUAGUUUCGUCUGAAAUGUGCUGAUUGUGAUAUCUGUUUAUUUCUGUAAUAUCUCACAAAAUAUCAGGCCAUUCUGUGGCUGGGAAGUUAUUUAAUUUGAGGGAAUUAAAGCAAAUAAUGUGCAUGAAAUCGCUCGCUUGGCGCAGUCAAGCAGACAGAGGAAGUCCGUGUGCGCAUGCACAGGUUUACCUUCUUCUUCUUCUUCUUUUGGGUUUUACGGCAGCUGGCAUCCACAGUGUUGCAUUACUGCCAUCUACAGGUUUCCCUUUGAGCGUGCACUGAC